AUGUCUUUGCUGCAUUUUUGGGAGACUCAGCGCUCCGUGAAGCGCAGAAAGACCUCUGACCAGUACUCCGACAGUGACGAGAUUGUCCACGCGAAGCCACCGCCGAGUCCGAGUCCCUCCGCAGGAGCGACGGAACCCGUUCCUGCUGAUGAACCUGAUGCAUAUAUACCGAGCAGUCAGACAGAUUUGGAGACCUCUCUACCAGUGAUUAAGACCGAGAAGGAUGCUAUUGAAGAAUACGAAGCGUCGAAGAUUGACGACGGGGAGAACGGGCCGGAACUACAUAUCAGACUGCGGGAUGGUGUCUGGGAAAAAGGCAAAAGCUCGAUAUAUGUGGAUGCGUUCAAUUUAGCGCUAGAGACCGUGUUAGACGACGAAUCGCAUCUCUUUCAUGAAGCUGAGAUGGAGGUGUUCAAGCAGUGGAAGGAAAUGUCCUAUGAGUCGCAGUAUUUGUAUGUGCGAUUGUUCCUCCGCAAGACUUCUGCCUGGCACCGUAUCCAUCGGCUGGGUUACUACUCCGACAUAUCAGACUUGGCUUUGGUAGCUACGGAUCUCCAACGCGAUCGGGAUCUACCAUCUGGUGGAAGCCAGGACGACGACAAGACUGCGUUUGGCUCUAGCUUCCGGUUCGCCGAUGGCACGCAAGAGAUUAUCACGCUGGAAGAAGCGUCUUCUCUCCUGCUACUUGAUGAAUUGAAGGGAUUCGCAAAGGAUGUCAAGGCACAAGGCAAGAACAAGAAAGACUUAGUGGCAGCCUUAUGUGAGACGAGUCAAAGUCAGACCGGUCUGGGGUUCAAGGAAAAGACAGACGCCAACCAUCCCGGUAACAGGGACGACCAUUUUGUGCAGAAGAUUCUAGAUUAUACGGGCGAAUGCAUUCGUCUGUCGCCAGGUCCACGCGCGCUCUUUGAGCGAGUGCAUCUCGUUUUUUACAGAUCAACAGAGUGGACGGAGAAGUCACUGACAACCAUCAUUCUCGCCAAAAUCUCAAGGAGGAAUUUCCCAGAAUACAUUGUCUGUCGAUCAAACUCCAUAUUCUCAUCCAGGGCAGCACUCCUCGAAUUCGAAUCUGCAAUUCGCACUCAAUUUGAGAUCGACAAUAUCCUGGAAUUCAAUGGUCCUCCAAGCAUAGAAUCUUUACAAAAGAUCAUAGACCUUGCAGACAAGUUCUACCCUCGAUGGCAGUCCAUGAUCAAAGAAGAACAGCAAAAAGAAGAUUCGAUCUAUGAAAGCGGCGAGGGCGCCUAUCUGCGUCGUUUCUCGCCCGCCUGGGUCUACACAAGAAUCAUCCAUAAAAGUCUUCACCCACUUGGUCGUUUCAAGGAGCAUAAACGCGAGCACGAGGUUAUCUCGGACCUUCUUGCACAGCGGCUUUUUCACGCUGCUCGUCGGGGUGCUUGGUAUCAGCGCAAAGCCCUUCUCGAAGAACACUACAUGUGGGCACUCAUGCCAUCCGAAGGCCGUAAUGAAGAUAAGCAGCGCAAGUUCUGGAAAAGAAUUGCGCUGCGGACGUGCGAAGAGGGACUUGAAGAUCCGCUCUGUCAUCUUAUAUACCACUACGACCUCCAGAAACGAAUUAUGAAGCUUGAGAAAGCCCUGAAAGUUGUCAAAAGGGAACAGCAUGAUUUCGGACACGCCAUGCUAAGCAAACCCGUUGAACGAACCAUCGAGGGUAUCCGCAUAGACCGCGAGAUCGAUGUCCCGAAAAAAGGCAAGGCUACCAUCUGGAUCGACGAGCGCGAGGGCGGCGAGUGUAGAGUUGAAAACAUGUGUCUGAGCUGGUAUCGCGACCAUGGCUGGAAAGGCUAUCAUUCCGAGGGGGGCAUUGUCAGGACUUUGUUCGGGUAUCUUUUCUAUGAUAUCCUGUUUACAUAUGUUCCGAACGUCUUCCAGACUCCGUUCCAGACGUGUCCGCUCGAUCUGCACACUGAUGUCUUUUAUCCAUCUCGUGCGUCGGAGAUCAAUCACCGACUGGUCGAGAUUACCAAUGGUGAUGCGGAGCGGGUGAUUCGCGAGAUCCAUGAGCGGGAGUCUGCUGCUCAGCCGUGUGCUAUUGGGAUUGACUGGUCAUUUGAAUUGGAUGAUCUGGUUGAAAUUGUGCAGUGUUUUCGUGGGGAGGCGCUGGCUACUAUAUGUAAGGUUAUGGCUCAGGAGUAUCAGCAGCGUGGAGGAGGGAUUCCAGAUCUAUUCUUGUGGAACCCCGAUGAGCAGGUUGUCAGAUUCUCCGAGGUCAAGUCAGAGAAUGAUCGGUUGAGUGAUACCCAGCGGUUGUGGAUUCAUAUUCUCAUGGCGGCGGGUGUACAGGUCGAGUUGUGUAAUGCCGUGGCGAGGGAGGUCAGGAUGGAGUGA